CCCAGCCCCAGCCCCAGCCGGCCGGGGGAGCCACGAGGCCCCGGAGCCAGGUUUUGAAGAUGGCACCGCAGCUCCUGCAUCUCUUUUCUCUUGGAUGGCCGACUAGAAUUUGAAAGGGUAUGACACACAUGGUCAUUCCAUUGUUGCAGGUGUCAGGCAGCUCCCCUAAAGCGAAGGCAUUACUUCCAUUGACGGCAACUGAACGAUGCAUGUUAUGAAUUGUGUCUCCUUGGCCAGUGAUAAAGAAAAUGGGGAUAUCGCUGUUGCAGCUGGAUUAAUGAUUGGGCAAACACCACCUCCACCGCCACCUCCACCUCCUCCACCUCCUCCUCCCCCUCCUCUUCCACCAUGUCCAUUUCCAGAUGCUGGAUUCGCUCCUGCUCCUCCUCCUCCUCCUCCCCCACCCCCUCCUCCUCCACCCCUGCCAGGGGUUCCUGCUGCACCACCACCUCCUCCAGGAUUACCUCUUCCUUCCCCCUUUUACAACGGACAUGGCCACCUUAGUAAGAAAAAGCGCAUGCGGAAUUUCUUCUGGAAAACAAUUCCAGAAGAGCAAGUGCGUGGUAAAACCAACAUAUGGACAAUAGCUGCAAGGCAGCAACACCACUACCAGAUUGAUACAAAAACCGUUGAGGAGCUCUUUGGGCAGCAGGAGGACACUAACUCACCAGCUUUCAGGAGAAGUGGAAAUUUGAAUUCAUCCUUCAAAGAUGCUAAGGAAGAGAGUACAAUUUUGGAUGCAAAACGAAGUAUGAACAUUGGAAUAUUUCUCAAGCAAUUCAAAAAGUCUCCUCAGUUCAUAGUCGAAGAUAUUCACCGAGGAGAAAGCGAACACUACGGCUCGGAAACAUUGCGGGAAUUUCUUAAGGUUUUGCCGGAGUCAGAAGAGGUAAAGAAAUUAAAAGCAUUUAGUGGAGAUGUGUCCAAACUGUCUCUGGCUGAUUCUUUUAUGUACUUCCUAAUCCAGGUGCCAAAUUAUUCUCUCCGGAUGGAAGCCAUGGUGCUAAAGAAGGAAUUUUUACCUUCUUGUUCUUCUCUAUACAAAGACAUGACAGUUUUAAGAGCGGCCACGAAGGAGUUGAUGUCGUGUGAAGAGUUACAUUCCAUAUUACAUUUAGUCCUCCAGGCCGGGAAUAUUAUGAACGCAGGAGGUUAUGCUGGCAAUGCGGUUGGUUUUAAGUUGUCGUCUUUGCUCAAACUAGCAGACACCAAAGCAAACAAGCCUGGAAUGAAUCUACUGCACUUUGUGGCUCUGGAAGCCCAGAAGAAAGAUGUUGUUCUCCUAAUCUUCUCAGAAAAAUUGCAUCAUGUUCAGGAUGCUGCCAGGUUAUCUCUGGAUAACACGGAGGCAGAGCUUCACUCCUUGUCGGCCAGAACAAGAUCUUUAAGGGAGAAUAUCCAGAGGGAUCCUGAACUGUUUCAGCAAAUGGAAGAUUUUAUUCAGUUUGCUUUAAAAAAACUGAAAGAGCUGGAGCAGUGGAAGCAAGUGUUGCAGGAGGAGGCUCAUACCCUUAUAGAUUUUUUCUGUGAAGACAAAGAAACCAUGAAACUCGAUGAGUGUUUCCAGAUAUUUCGGGAUUUCUGUACCAAAUUCAAUAAAGCCGUUAAGGACAACAGGGAACGUGAGAUGCAAGAACUCCGCCAGCUGCAGAAACUAAAGGAGGUGGAGGGGAAGCGGCGGUCCUGGGCCGCCGGCGAGCUCGGCGGGUUCGGCAGGAGCAGCAGUGAGAACGAUGUGGAGUUGCUGACGAAGAAAGGCCUGGAAGACUUCCUCCCCUUCCUGCAACAGAGGCCUCUCAGCCCCUCCUCCCGGGCCCCCGCCAACUCCCGGCGCUCCCGGCUGUCCUUGGGGACGUCGGCGGACCGGGAGCUGCUGACUUUCCUGGAGACCUCCACGGGCGAGGAGCCCAACAAAUUCAACAGCCUCCCUCGGGCCAGUGCCCGGCAAACCCGGCCAGUGGAGGCCUGGAUGGAGCCCCAGGAGACCAGGGAUCUCAAUUCAAACCACGUGCACUUAAGCCCGGGCCCUGGGGGCAGCAGCGGGAACUCCUCUCCGCUGCAGCCCAGGUUCCCCCAGGCCCUAGACGAGCCCUGCUCGACCAACGCUAGACUUUACGAGGCCCAGAACAGGGCCAGUGCUAACCACCCACAGAGGACAGAUGGUCCUGGAGGCGGCGCGCCUGCCUCGGCCCCUGCCCGCUGCCCCCUGGCCGUGGAAAUCGAGGAGCGAGAACUGGUGGGAAGCCUGAUCCGAUUCGAUCUCCAAGGGCCCAGGGGUUCGGGAGAGCAGUCCGGGGUCACCGUGGAGGAUUUCAGCCCCAUGGAACUGGAGUCGCUGGACGCUGAUCUAAGCCUGCAGUCUCUCGGCACUGCCGAUGACAGCUCUGGGCCCUACAGCCCCGGCUCUCGGGACACAGCUGACUGGAAAGGGAGCAGUCUGGACCAGAGCGGGGUUGGGGCUGGCGCGUCACUCCCCACCAGUACCACCCCCGCGUCCUUGGACACAAGUGACUCGGAGAGCAAAGAACCCGGGCCCGUGUUUUACAUAUCAGAUACCACCGACUGCUCGCUGACCCUAGACUGCUCGGAAGGAAACGACGUGAAGACUGCAGACAGAGAGACGGAGGACGAGGCAGCCGGCAGCCCUGUCCUGCCCGGGGCCAGUGACCCGAAGGGGAGGAACGGGAGCGGACUGGUCUCCGAUCCCAAUUCCAGCUCUGCGGGAGAGGUGCCAGCUUCGUUCAGCCGGAGGGACGAGCCCAACUCCAAGCGGGGCCUGACUGGAGGGUGCAGGGCCGCCAAAGGCCGAGACCUUCUAGCACCGAAGAGAAACUCUGUGAAAGAUCAGCCCGCAAGUGCCCCGAAGCCCGGGACCGCUCCCCGGGGCCAAGGCUCUGUCGCCAAGCCCAUCAGGACCCUCAACUCUUCCGAGAACGAGAGCAUGCGGAAGGUCGUGCCCAUCUCCAAGGCCAGCCGAGGGGCCGGCGGCUGGAAGCGGCCCGAGGGGCCGGCCCGGGGAGCCCCCCGAGAAGGCCCCUUGAGUGGCCCGGAUGCCCGGCUGGCCCGGCGCAGUUCCGUGAGGGGCACCGCGGAUACUUCGCCCAGGAGGCCGGUGGGGUCCAUGGUGGUGGCCAUCGAGGAGCAGAGGUGGCUGAGGGGAGGCCCGGCCUCCGGAGCCGCCCGUCCAGGGAGGGAGCCGCCGCAGCGCCGGAGCUCACUCAAGAAGCCCAGCGCAAAACCCAUCAGGAACCUCCCCAAGACGAAGCUCGAGGAGUCCAAGAUCUGCCUUUCCAACUCCCGGGAGCUGGUGGGGCCCGAGGAAGCAGCCCCCAGCGCCCCGGUGGCCAGCGCCCCCCGCGUCCCUCCCUCUACGCCAAGCUUUGCCCGGAACACCGUUGCCUCUUCCUCCAGGCGCUUGAAAUCGGAUUUGCCUCCCACUUCCAAGCCGCCGAGCCUGAUGCGGGCAGCGUCUCAGCGGCAGCUGAAGGUCAAGGCGGUGCCCGAGGACCCCGGCUCAAAGGAGAGUGGUGUCCUGCGGCGAGCCAGCAGCGCCAGAGCUGCCAGGCGGGGCCCGGAGCCCAGCGAGAGCCCUGGCCCGAGAGGGGAUGGUGCUGGGAGGGCCAGAGGUCCCCCGGAGAAGCCCUCUCAUAAACUAAAAGAGGGAAGUAGGACCACCCUGGGGAAAAUCUUGAACCCGCUCUGGAAAUGAUGGCUCAGCUCCUUUUCCACAAACCCUGCUUCCCUGGGCAUCUGGAAUGUGAACCUAUUUUGUGGGGAUGGGGAAAUUAUACCAUUUCACCAAACCAAACACGUUGGUGCCACCUGUCUUGAAAGGUACAACUUCUGAUGAGCGAGGCUUUUGGGUUCUGGUCUCACUCUGACUGUAAAUAAAAUCCUGAAUGUAUGUGAUGCUACUGUGAUGGGAGUCCAGGCCGAAGCACACACCCAGAUGGCAGAAACACAUGUGAUUAAGUGCUCCUCUGUCCCAGGAAGGAAAAUGUCUCGAAGAAUUUUGAAAGUACAAAAUGGUGAAAACAAAAAAGAGAAACGGUUCUGGCCAGUUUUUGUACAGUGAAGGCUUUUUUUUUUAAGAUAGAGUAUGAAAAUUAACGUCUGUGUUAGUGGGUUCCUUUGUCAGCAUUGAAAUGCCUUCUGGGGAGCCAUACAGGAAAAAAAUGUCCUUCAAAUGAAGAUGUCUCCGUCUUCCUCGAUUUCCCCGGCUUCAAGAGUCUGGUGGGCCUCUCGCGGAGUCCAUUGCGGGCAAUUGGACUUGGCAGGACCUGCCAGCCUUCAAAUUGGACCUGGACAUUUCACGGUUGGCUUCAUUUUCUCAACAAAUUCCCAGCAUGCUCAUGUACCGUGUGCAUGUGUGUGUUGUAUGUGUGUGUGUGUGUAUUGUGCGCGCAUGUGGGGAGGAAGGAGGGAAGAGCUCUGCGGGCAGAGACCUGGCUCUCACCCUUGACUCUCUCAUCUUCAGUGUAAAAGUUCAGGCCGUUAAUGGCUGAGCGGCAGGGGGAUGUGUGGACCUGGCCACCCACCCCAUGCUACCCGACAAGAAACAGUCGCCGCCGGGCAUGAGACCAGCAAGCCAAGGGCUGACCAGUGAUGGCCACUGGCCAAGCCGUCUGGCUUCAUGGAAUUCAGCAGUGCCACCGUCUUUAACGACGCACAUCAUUGGCACCCCAGCGGCACGGCUAGCCGCUUUUAGGUCGGCGCUGACCAGUGCUUGCCAUCCAGGCUUCCCCCCGUUUAUCUGCCGUAAAGUUAUUUGAAUGCUGCUAUGGCUUGUAAAAGCUCUGGGUAGAAAAAAGCCUCCAGUUUCCCGGCCUUCCUCCUUUCUUUGUCACCAGUGUGAUUAUUUAGCAUGGAAACACACUGUUUACACCAUGUGGUGCUUUGUACGUUGAGCUUCCGCUGUCUGGUGAUGCUGUUUGAAAUUCUGAAAGAAGCCAAAACAAAGAAAAAACGUCUGGCCUAAGAAAAUGACUUUUAAAGGGAAUUUACAGAAAAGGGAAGAUGGAAUGAGGGUAUGGAGGAGGAAGAAAUGUGUUUGAACAAGCUUUACCAAAUGCCCUUUAGUUACCCAACAAAGGUAGCUAACGUAGAUGGGAAACCGGGCGUGUUCUUUAAACCUUUUUAAAAUUGUAAGCAAAAUUGCCUUUUUACUCCUUUAUUAAAGAAACCUCAUUUUUAUAUUCAACCGGGACAGAUAUGUUUAGCCAAGCAUUGGCCGAUUUACUAAUAGAUCCAUUUAUUUGGUGGAUGAAUGUUUCUCUCCUUCAGGAGUAUCUAACUGCCCAUCGAAAAUUCUCAUCUUUCAGAGUGAACUUCCACAACCAGCCAAAUAAGUGAUCAUUGUGACAGAUACAUAAGGCAACUGACCACUAAAGCGUCAAAGAAAGGGAAGAAAACCCGGAGCAGGCUCCAAUCACACCAAAAGAUAUCUGGAUCUGUCCAUAGGCCUGCCAAACCACAGCAUCUCAAAACAAAGACCUUAUUUCUAAGGCCACUCAAAAAAAAGGAUCUCAUUUGAGUUGUUUUAAAAAUCAAAUAACCCAUUGGGGCUCUCCGUAGUUAUGGACUUACUAUGAAGUGGUGUUUUGUUGUCAGCCCUGUGUAUUUCCUCUUUGUUUUCAUCUGUGUAAGCAGGUGAUUAAUUUUAUUACCUUUUAUUGGUAGUAAGCUUGGAAAAAAUAAUUUAAAUGUGUGUUGCAGAAUGUAAAUACGUUUCUAUAUAAAUUUGUGUAAGAUGAACUGAAUGUAUUUAAUGGGCCAUUUAUACAUCUUUGAGUAACAUGUAGUUUAAUAAAGUUCCCAUUUAUGGGAGUCAUGUUUUAUCCUGG